AUGGUCGGUCGCGAUGGUAAUCUUAUCAACAAGAUUGUUGCUGUGGCACUAGCUCCAGUCGAAGACUAUUACAAGUACAUGUGGUUAUUCAGUAAAUUUCUACACAAUGGCUUUCCACUGACUGCAUGCCCAGUCCUUAGCGAUCGCAACGUCAGUCUGGUGUCGGACGCGGAAUCACUCGGGGAUCUUCAACAGUUUUGUGUUCGUCACAUCAUCGAUGUCGCGAUCGGAAAGUGUUAUGCUGGAAACCCAGCAGCUACAAUUUAUCCUAGUGCCAUACCUGCAAGCAAUUGGAGACUUCACCCCCAUGCCAACACUACAUCCUGGUAUGGCUGGCGGACAACGAACUUCGUGGAAAGCGAACAAGCGAAGAUUCUUCGCCGUAAGGCACGGAAAAUGCAACCAUACGAGAUUUUCAAGUCAUAUCUGACAAUUUUCAUGGGUGAGGCGUACAACCGGGUCCGACUAGGUCAGUUGUGGGUGAAUGCGGAUCGUAAGCUGACGCCGCGUGCAGAACAUGACGUUGCAUUCAUUGCCAGAAUCAGUAACCCGACGAAGCAGCGUCGCCUUGACUUAAAAUCAUUGACGUGUUCAUGCUUAACGUGUACUCAACAUCGAAUUGCGUGUCGCCAUCUAAUUGCGACUAUUCUCGACUACAACAUGGUCGAGUCAGCGUAUGAGUUGAUGGAUGAAUGCUACACAGUGGCCUCGUACCAAGAAAAUCCCGGGACACUAGUGAUCCCUGAGUACGAUUUGCUUACAGCUGACCUUAGUAUCCCCCCAGCAGCGUAUGUUCAACAAGCAGGUCGUCCAAGGAAAGACGCAUCAGAUCCCAUGGUGAGGUUGGCGGAAAGGCGAGGAAGCCAUACAAGUGCACCAUCUGUGGGGUGA